AUGAACUCGUUCCUACGUGGAUCGAUGAACUACGUCUGGUGCACGACUAGUGUGCUGGGCAAGGGUUCGACUGGGGCUGUCUUCCAGGGUGUUAACAAACACAACGGCGAACCGGUGGCGGUGAAGACGUUCAACCAGCUCAGCCACAUGCGACCGCAGGAUGUGCAGAUGCGCGAGUUCGAGGUGCUGCGGAAGGUGAAUCAUAACAACAUCGUGAAGCUGUUGGACAUCGAGGACGAUCAGGAGGGCCGCGGAAAGGUUAUCGUGAUGGAGCUCUGUACGGGCGGCAGUUUGUUCAACAUACUGGACGAUCCGGAAAACACGUACGGUCUACCGCAGAAGGAGUUCCUGCUCGUGCUAGAGCACUUGUCCGCAGGCAUGAAGCACCUGCGCGAUAACAACCUGGUGCAUCGUGAUCUUAAGCCAGGCAACAUCAUGAAGUACAUCUCCGAAGAUGGCCAGACGAUUUACAAGUUAACCGAUUUCGGCGCGGCUCGGGAGCUAGGCGAGAAUCAACAGUUCGCCUCGCUGUACGGCACAGAGGAGUACCUGCAUCCGGACAUGUACGAGCGAGCGGUGCUCCGGAAGUCAAUAAACCGGAGCUUCACCGCCAACGUGGACCUGUGGUCGAUCGGUGUGACGCUGUACCACGUAGCGACAGGCAAUUUGCCAUUCCGCCCGUACGGUGGUCGGAAGAACAAAGAGACGAUGUAUCACAUCACCACAAAGAAGGCGCCUGGCGUUAUAUCCGGCACGCAAACGAGCGAAAACGGCCCGAUCGAGUGGUCGAAGCAGUUGCCGGCUCACUGCCAGCUGAAGGAGGGCCUUAAAUGUCUCGUGACACCACUGAUGGCUGGUCUGCUGGAGGAAAACCAGGGUCGUAUGUGGUCAUUCGACAAGUUCUUCCUCGAGGUACAAAACAUUCUCAACAAAACGGUGCUGCACAUCUUCUACGUGAACCGGGCGACCUCUAUCGAGGUGUACCUGGAACCGGACCAGACGCUUAUGCAUUUACGCGAGCACAUCCUAGCGCAGACGGACGUUCCGCAAGUGUCCCAACUGCUGCUACUCGACAACGAACUGUUUGCCACCAAAGUCGACGCCAAUACGAGCGCUCGUGGUUACCCACCCACGGAAGCCGUCAAUCCGGUGAUGCUGUUCAACAUCGAGAACUACAACGUCAUCUUGCCGACGGAGUGGGAUUUGCCUAAAUUUCCUACAUUCCCGAACGGCAUUUCGGUGGAGAACGACGCGAGCCUAGCGAAAGUAGCGUGCAGCGUUGGGCACGAGUGUAAACGGCGCGUUGAAAACCUUUCGCUGCUGGAUACGCUGAUGAACAAAUCGGUGCACCAGUUUUCCGGCUUUUUGUCCAGUCUGCUGGUGAAACUUCUCAAACGAACCCGCCAUCUGGACGAUAUUGAGGGGCUGAUCUGUGAGCUGGCAAAGAUGUUUGAAGUCGCCGCUUCUAAUCACGAGACCUAUCAAAAGGAUGGCGCAAACAUCCUGACGAGUUACGAUAAGCAAAAGGUCGACUUCCAGCGCGUCUCAGAGCCCAUCCAGCAGUUGUACGGGCGCUUCGUGAAAGAAGAAUCGCUUGUGCGGGAGUGGAACUCUGGCUACCGUGCGUUACGCACUCCCAACAAGAACCGCGACAGCGAAAAGGCAAAGUCCCUCGUCGAUCGAUUGCGCGAUUCCUGGCAACACAUGCUCCGCGAUCGGGCAACACGCUCGCUGACCUACAACGACGAGCAGUUCCACGUGCUGGAAAAGGUAAAGAUCGCGGAAACGGGCAAACGUCUCAAGAGCCUGUUGAACGAGGGCGUCCGGUUGGCGGUCGAGCAGGAGGCAGAGUGUUUGGCCGAUUGGUACAAAAAAGCACAGACGAUCUUCCUGCAGACGCAGUUUCUCAUGAAGGACGUCAGUGCGUACGUGGACGCACUGUACGAUAUACGCGAACAGUUGAAACAGCACCGGGAGGACCUGAAGGAGGAGAUUACCACCGACGGGGAGGUAUCGACAACGAUCGCCGGCAAACCGAUACCAUCGACGGCAAGCACGAUCCCGAUGGUGGGUGGUGAAGGAGAUGCCGGUGUCCAUGGUGGCGAAAAGGGUGUAACGGCACUCCAAAAUCAGUAUAACUUGAUGUGCUUCAUGAACAUGUACAAGCAAAUCAAGGAAGUGAAGAAAAUGCUUCAACAAAACAGUGAUAUCCUGGCGGCAACUCAACUGUUGCUGCCUGACACCGUGGAAAGGAGUACGACGUAGAACAGGUUUGGACCAAAUUGAAAAAAAAUCAAAGUGUAUAAAAAUGAUCGUGCGUUUUUCAUCCGUAAGGCUAGUAAGAUAUAGGCUUUAAAAUGAACAUUU